GCAGUAUUUUGCAGAUUUGAGGAACAGCAUUGUGAACAGCCAGCCGCCAGAAAAGCAGCAAGCCAUGCAUUUAUGCUUUGAAAAUCUCAUGGAGGGCAUAGAGCGAAACUUGCUCACCAAAAACAGAGACAGGUUUACACAGAAUCUUUCAGUAUUUAGAAGAGAAGUCAAUGACUCCAUGAAGAAUUCCACAUACGGGGUAAACAGCAACGACAUGAUGAGCUGACAUUCCAUAGAGCACCAGGCUCCGCCCGUGUGGCCCGGCCCCUCCCUCAACUCCCACCCGCCCCCAGCCCGGCUGCUGGGGGAGCACCGCUGCGCAAGCCUGCACCUCCCGCUCCCCAGUCCCUAAAAACCCCAUUACCUCUCUCCCCUCACACCUCCCCAUCCCUUUUUUAUAUAUAUAUAUAUAUAAAUAUAUAUAUACACAUAUAAAUAUAUACAUAUUUUAAAGCCAGUUUCUAGAGGUCAUUCUCCUUGACCAUUCUCUUGUCAUUUGGGGCUUGAAGUCCAAAGAGAGAGAAUAGGGUACGGCUGGGGAAUGGGUUUGGGGUGUGGGACCGCACCAGUGUGGACUCUAUAGAAUGGGCAACACACCCAAACCGCUCCGAGGGACGAAGUGGGCGCCUGUGUUUGUAUGUGAGUGUGUGUGUGAGAGUGCAAGUGUGUUUGAGAGCAUGUCUGUGGGAGGAAGGGUUAGGAUGAGCUGGUAUACAUAGUGCUCUGCUUUUGCCUGCCUUGUAUAGAAACACAUAAGGAAAAAAAAAAGUGUACAUUUUUUUCAUAACAUUUUCAACAAUGUUUAUAAUGAUUACGAUUUAAGACAAAAUAAUGAGUGUGAUUGAAAACUUUUUACAGUCUAGUAAGUUAGUGCAACUGUGCUGAAGUGUGGGUUUGUCUGUUUGGAGAGAGUCCUUUAUAUCCGCUGGUGAUGUGGGAUUGUGGCGUGAGUGCUGGGAUUAACACCUGUCCACCGAUGGGAUGGGAUGAGAAGUCGAAAAUAGGAUCAAAAGUUGUACAUUUAUUAUUUUCCCCGUUCUCCUCCUAGAAUUGACUCCAGAACAUAAACGGGAGCUUUGUAAAUACACGAAACCCCUGGCGUUAGCGUCUUCAAGACGCCAUUUCCCUCAAGUCUUGGGCAUGAUAAAGUUUUUGUCAACCUUCGCCUUUAUGGUCAUCUUGACAUUUCCACCACCUCCAUCACUGAGGAUGUCCUUAGUUUGACCCAUCCUUGUGUAAAAUUCAUUCCGAGAGCUCCGUUAAAGGAGAAAACAACCCCCUCCCCCCUCCUUUUGUCUCCUGAAGGGUUUGAUCAUGUUGUCUGUGGAUUUGAUUAGAUAAAGUGACUUGGUUGUGGUGAAGUUGCUCUCUGAGCUUUCGUCAAACUGUUUUCCCUUGCUUUUUGAUCUCACAGGCUUCCAGUCUCUCGUGGCUUUAUUGUUGAUCUGGUGUCAUUCGGUAGUGAAGCCUCUAGAAUGUAGCCGUGUCCUUUAAAAAAUAAAAUCUAAAGGCCCUGGUACUCGAGUCAUCGACAGGAUCAUUCUCAACAGUUGUCUCUAGCUUUAACCCUAUUUGUUUUCCGUUCUCCCCUUGGAAUUCAGUUUUAUUUUCAAUAACGAACAGCAUCAGAAUAUGGUAGAUUUAAACAGAGGCCGAAUGGAGUAUAUUAGCAACUUGUGCUACUCAACAGAUGUUGCUGCUAACUGUUUGUGAAGAACUAGCUCAUCUCUUAACCUUGUCCAACACUCAUGGAUGUUCACUUUUCUUUCUUGGUUCCCUGAUGUGAAUGUGUUUUUUUGGCGACUGUGUGUUGGGUCCAUUGAGUGAUAAGGUAGCUGGUUGAACUGUUUGAUUGUUUGUUUGGAUGUCUGCUACAUAUAGUGUAAGCAUUGUGACUGCAAAAUAAACAUCAUUGGUUUGUA